AUGGAGGAGCCCGAAGACGCGCCCGGAGAAGAACAAAGGAAAGUGAAUGUUCCUUUGGGGCCGUCUCAGCCCACCGCGAGGGAGAUCGCGGAACACGAAGCAAGUGGACACGCGGUCCACAGGAGCUGGUGCGUGCACUGCACGCGCGCCAGGGGGAAAGUGCAAAGCCAUCCGAGAACGGAUCGUUCUGGAGAGGGCGAGGUGCCAGCCCUCCAUGCUGACUACUUCUUUCUGGGUAGCAGCAAGGAACGUGAUGAUAUCAUGCCACAUCUGGUGGUACGGUGUGACAGAACCAGGAGAACGUGGGCAACAGCGUUGCCACAGAAGGGCGUGACGCCUUUCAGCACGAACUGGUUUUGUUCUAUCGUGCGGGAAGCCGGUUGGAAGCGCAUGGUGUUGUUUUCGGAUAACGAGCCGGCGCUCGUUGCACUGAAGCAAGCAGUGGUGGAAAACAUGAAGGACGUGGAGAUCACUCUGAAGGAGUCUCCGACCUCGACUGAUGAAGAGAACGCGCCGAGCAAUGGCAUUGCUGAGUCAGCUGUUCGGGAAGUUAAGCGAAUGAUCAGGGCUAUACUCUCGGACCUCGAGAGCAAGCUCAAGUUCAAAGUGGACCCGAACCACAGUGUGCUAACCUGGAUAGCCAGACACGCGGCGUUCCUUCUGACAAGGUUCAGAAUUGGAGAUGAUGGAAAGAGUGCUUACCAACGUGCUGUUGGAAGAGAGUGGAGAAGGCCGACAGUGGUGUUUGGGGAACAGAUCCUGUUCAAGCCUGUGGGUGCCAUGGGCAAGAAGAGGAGUUCACCUUUGGAGCCACGAGUGGCCAUGGGACGCUAUGUGGGUACAGCGAGCAGGAACGCGGACCUCCUCGUGAUGACGCCCACUGGUGUUGUGAAAGGACACUCUUUACACCGAAGGCCGGAGGAAGACCGUUGGUCGAAGGAUGGGUUCGACCAGUUGAGAGGUUUGCCGUGGAAGUGGACCAACCCAGUUGAGCGAGCACCGCCCAACCGAGUGGACAUGCCCGAGCUUGUUGGUGAACAGCCUGUUCCUGAUCCUAAAGAAUAUAGGGCGAGGAACCUCUACGUGCUCAAGAGCGACUUGGAGAAGUAUGGCUACACCACUUUGUGUCCAGGGUGUGAAGCGCUGAUGCUGGGACUGCCACAAAGGAGCCACAACCCAGAGUGUCGGCUCCGCAUCCAAAGGCACCUCGUUGAAACCGAGGAAGGAAAGCAAAGAGUGCAGAGAGCACUCGACAGACAAGAGAAAGACUACUCCACGAAAGCGCGGAAGAAGCGAAAGGCCGAAGAUCAACCCGUUUUGGAAGGUCAGCCUGCUGAUGGCGAAAUCGCUGCUGAAGAAGCAGCCGGUGCGCCACUUGAGCGCCCUAGCCAGUUGCAGGACGACAGCUCUGCGCAGCGAACCCAGAAGCGCGAGGCAGAGCAACACGUCGAAGAUCUUUACAGGGAAGAGCAGGAAACUGACGAGCCCGAGAUCGUCAGAGCGAACCUCCAAGGUGGAAGCUCAGGUUCUGGAGGAGAGAACACCGACCUGUCUUACAAGCAGGUGGAGGAAGCUCAAAUGGAUGAUGUGAGUCAUCUAGAGAAGGAGUUCCACUCAAGAGGGAUGCAGUGUACGAGGAAGCAAGCAGAGGAGAUAUCCAGCCUAGUUGGUUCACUAGGCGUGGACGUCAAAGCCUCUGUCCCUCUGAACGAGGGACUGUGUCUCAGCGUUGAAGACAAAGGCUGGAAGCUCCAGAAGCAGGACGAAGUGGAAGCUUUGCACAAAAGGCUGGAGGCUGAAAAGCCGACGUUACUCGUGGGACUACCGCCUGAUGGUCCGUUUGCGGGAGUGCAGAGAAGCUACAACUCCCUCCAGAAGGCGAAGAAAGAAAAGGAGAAAGAAGUGCUGGAAGCAGGGAGGAAACAAGUGAGGACCUGCGUUGAAGCAUAUCAGUACCAACUGGGACAGCAGAAGUACUACCUUCAAGAGUGCCCCAAGGGAGCAAAGUCUUGGGAGCACACUCAGUACCAGCCUAUGUGGACUGUGGACAACAGCGGAGGAAAUCUCCAAGGAGCGAACUUCAAGAAGAAGACCCGCUGGAUCACGAACUCCGCUGCCCUAGCUGCAGCAUUGAGAAAGGUGUGUACGCAAGGAGCGAAAGAAAGAGUUUGGCAAAGAGACCUCACGUUUGAGGAGGGGAAGGUUGCAGCAAAGCUGCGCUAUCCUCCUAAGUUAGCUCACGCGAUUGCCAAGGGCAUUCGAGCGCAGUUGGUGCUCGACGGUGAACUUCAAGCAAUCGGUUCUGUGGCUGGACCCGAUCCACACGAAGAGCCGAACUUCGAAGAGCACCACUACGACACCCUGCCGCGAGCAGAUGAGCUAUACGUGAAGACUCCGGUGAUCGAUGCGAACACCGGUGCCGAGCUCGACCCGUCGAAAGUUGCAAAGGCACGCCUAACGGAACUUGAAUGGGUCAAGAAGCAAAACGUAUACACCAAAGUAGACGAAACAACCUGCUGGCAAGAAACUGGAAGACCGCCCAUUACCCUCAAAUGGGUCGAUCGAAAUAAGGGAGACAACGUCAACGAAAACUACAGGAGCCGACUUGUAGUCCGUGAAGUGAAGUCUCAGGGUCAGGCAGCGUUGCUGCCAGAACACGCACUUUUCAGCUCGAUGCCGCCACUCGAGGCAGUAAAGCUGUUGUGUUCACUAAUGACCACUUUGCGCGUUUCGCGCAGAGGAGCCAAGUUGUCGUUGCGGUUGAUUGACAUCAGCCGUGCCCACUUCUAUGGUCGUGCCACUAGACGCGUUUUUGUGACCCUUCCAGAGGGUGAUGAGUCUGAGGGCAAGUGUGCACUCUUACUCAAAACAAUGUAUGGGACGCGCGAUGCGUCGAGUACGUGGCAGCGAGACUAUAGCGAGCUCAUGAGGAAAUAUGAGUUCGUCGCAGGCAAAGCUUGGCCAUGCAUCUUUUACUGCGAAAAAGAAGACAUCCGACUGCUAGUCCAUGGAGAUGAUUUCUUUUGCUUGGCAGAUGAUGAAGGCCAUGCCUACCUAGACAAAGCCUUGACAGAGCGCUACGAGUAUCGAUGUGAUGGUCACAUCGGACCGAACCAUGGGGAACAGAUGGUCGUACUGAAUCGUCUCAUCUGCUACAACAAGGAGACUGGGACAGUCACCUACGAAGCAGACCCCAGACACGUGGAAGCUCUGGUGAGAGAACUUAGCCUAGAGUCAGCAAAGCCAGCUAAAACUCCUGCCGAGAAGAAGAAGCAAGGAGAGGUUGUAAAGGCACUUGAAAUGCCACCAAUGAACGACGCGAUGCAAAGAAGCUAUCGCUCGAUAACCAUGCGAGCCGCAUUUUUGGCCCAAGAUAGGCCAGAUAUCGCCGAAGCCACCAAAAGUCUUGCCAGACAUAUGAAGGCUCCGAACGAAGCCUCAUGGUCAGACCUAAAAAGGCUCGGGAGAUAUCUUCGCGGGAAGCCAAGGUUGGUGUUUGAAUACCACCAACAACGGUUCCAGAAAGACCUUACCGUUUUCUGUGAUUCAGACCACGCUGGCUGUCUCAUCACGCGGAGGUCGACAACGGGAAUCGUUACCAUGCAUGGAUCACAUUGCAUCAAGCACAGCUCCAACGUGCAGACUACCGUGAGUCUAUCGUCUGGAGAAAGCGAGUUCUAUGCAAUAGUGAAAGCUGGAGCAGUAGGCCUAAGCCAACAGGCGCUGCUAUCAGAUUGGGGCAUCAAAGUGAACCUAAGAGUUCUGAGCGACAGUAGUGCGGCAAGAGGAACUUGCUCAAGACAAGGUCUCGGACAGACGAGACAUGUGCAAACAAGAUAUCUGUGGGUUCAAGAAAAGGUUGCAAGGAACGAGCUCAAGCUCGAGAGAGUUGCCACCGACAAGAACCUUGCGGAUAUAUGCACAAAGCCGUUACCGGAGGCUGCAGUCGAGAAGCACCUACGCACAAUGGGGCUGAAGCACUACGACAAAAGAGCUCAAGGAGGAAAGAAGCUUGUGUGA